CCUUCCUCGUCGGUGGUAUCGACAGGUUCGACGAAACAAACUGUAUCGACGUCAACAAAAGCAGUUACAAGCACAGUGUUAACGUCAUCGACGUCGCAACCACCUACUUCAUCGUCAAAAGGUAACACAGCGAAUAAGCAAACCAUCCAUACUUUAAUCCGUUGAAAACCAUCCAUACUUCAUAUUUACAGCACGAUAUUCAUGCUAUAGAUCUGCUGUAUAACAUACAUAGUUCAGUUCUGUAAUACAACAUCUAUACUUCAGAUUUGUAGUAUAACAUCUAUACUUCAGGGCCCAGUUGUAUAAAGGGCGGAUAACGCUAUCCAACGGAUAAAUCGCUAUCCAGCGGAUAAGUGAUAACAAAACGUAUAGCGUUAUCCAAUGGAUAGAGAUUUAUCCAGUGGAUAGUGUUAUCCGAUCUUCGAACAACUGGGGCCAGAUCUGUAAUAUAACAUCCAUGCUUCAAAUAUGUGUUACAGCGUGUCUAUUUAAUAUAUGUGGUAUAACAUCUAUACUUUAGAUAUGUGGCAUAAAAUUCAUAUUUCAAAUCUGUUCAGUUCUGUGGUAUAACAUCUACAUUCAAGGCCUAUUUGUUCAAAGACCUGGCAACGCUACCCAACAGAUGAACUGCAACCCAACAGAUAAAUGUUAGCAAAACGUCCUGUGCAAUCCACCGGAUAGAGAUUUAUUCGGUGGAUAGCGUUAUCCACCCUUUGAACAUCUGGGGCCAGAUUUUUUCGUAGAAAAUCCACGCUCUAGAUCUGUGGUAUACCACCCAUAUUUCAGAUCUGUAGUAUAACAUCCACGCUUCAGAUCUGUAAUUUAACAUCUAUACUUCGGAUCUGUAGUAUAACGUCUAUACUUCAGAUCUGGGGUAUAACGUCUAUCCUUCAGAUCUGUAGUAUAACAUCUAUACUUCAGAUCUGUAAUAUAAGAUCUAUACUUCGGAUUUGUGGUAUAACAUCUAAACUCCAGAUCUGUGGUAUAACAUCUAUAUUUCAGAUCUGUGGUAUAACAUCUAUCCUUCAGAUCUGUGAUAUGACAUCUAGACUUCAGAUCUGUGGUAUAACAUCUAUACUUCAGAUCUGUGGUAGAACAUCUACACUUUAGAUGUGUAGUAUAACAUCCAUGCUUCAGAUAUGUGGUAUAACAUUUAUAUUUAAUAUCUGUGGUAUAACAUUACUACUCUAGAUCUGUAGUAUAAUAUUUAUAUUUCAGAUCAGUGGGAUAAUAUCCACUCUUCAAAUCUGUGGUAUAACAUUCGCACUUCAGAUCUGUGGUAGAAGAUCCGCUCUUCAGAUCUGUGGUGUAAUAUGUAUAUUUCAGAUCUGUUGUAUAACAUCUAUACUUCAGAUCUGUGGUAUAAUCAUAGUGGGCCUUCAACGCUAUCCACUGUUUUAGUUUAUACUAUAAUAAAAUCCUUUAUUACGUCACAGGACUUUAGGGUCGCUCCUAAUCAUAUAAAACAAGACUUCCUCACAUGGUUGCUUAGGGGUAAUAACGUCAAUAGCAUUCUAUCAUUGGUUAUCUGACACUUUACGUGAAAUAUUCUUGAAAUUACUUGUAAGUUUAGCCGUUCCUAAAAAAAAUUUGUUUCUUUCAUUUCUACUAUGACUACAAUAGAAGGUGCUAAGAAAUUUGAUGGAAGAGGCAAAGUGAAGGAGCUUUGGGACGACGAAUAUAAAAAUAGCAAUUCCGUUAAGUACAAAGACCUCAAGAGCAGGCUGGAAACCCAUUUAAGAGGAAUUCUCGAAAAGAAAUACGGACAGAACUUACUCGAUCUUGAGGUGAAAAACUUCCAGAAGGGGAGUAUAAUUUUCGACUUCACAGUUUUCCUUACAUCUACGACGGAUGUUAAUGCCGAUAGCCUGAAGGAGGUAAUAGAGAAACAUGAAGGGGACUCAAAUUUCACUAUAUCCAUCGAACGUGUAAAGCAGGUCGCUGGUCCCACACCAACGACAACGUGUCCGACUGAGCAACCUGAGCCGACAUGCUAUGUAAAGCCGUGCAUUGCGGUUGUGAUCAUACUUGGAAUUAUAAUUCUGGUUUUGCUUGCUUUAUUGCUGUGGUUAAUUGUGAGUAACGAUUGAUCCUAUAAAAGGUUUCUCUCUAGUAAACAGAGUAAUAAUAGAAGCUGUAAGUAAGAUUAGGUUCUUCCGAUAGCAAUGAAUGGAGGAUCGUUAUUAUUGAGGAUCGUAAUUAUAAUCGUCAAUCAAAGAGAAGAAACACCUUCAGAAAGGGACAAUGAACACUAAAACUGGAGAGAGGUCACAAUACCAGCCAUAAGCGCGAAUAAACGCGAGAAGCAAGUCACGUUAGUUUCAUUGAUCGAGAGGGCAGCGCCAGCAUAAAAACAAAUCAAAGUAUGGAUAUAGAAUCCAACCAGUGCCAUCACGAAUUUCCAUUGUCACUCAGUUGAAAAUUGCUCCAUUCAGAUUUAACCAAGGGUCGCAAUAGUUAGUAUGAUAAGAACGCACAGCUGUUAUUCAAUCACUUCUUACCGACUCUGAACACUAUUCUUUGGAAAAACUUCAAUCUCCCCAGCCUAGGAGUUACAAUCAAAAAGGACUUACAGUUCUAUAUUAGUGGACUCUAUGUAAUUUUAGUUGAAGUGUAUUUCGAGCCGAAACUAAUUUUUUUGUUUUUCCCCGCAAAGCAUCAAAACAGAAGACUGAAAAAUAGUUGGAAGGGGAGAAAGGCGUCAAUUCCGCACAAUGACAACGAUCCUUUUACACAGACUCGUAUGUACAGCAUGGAUUCCAAAGAUAUGUACUCGUUAUCUGGUAUAUCGGAUGGAAGACGAGCAAAAGGUCAUGGCUUGACGGUGGGUUUCUACUUUCACCGUUCUCCAGUUGUAGUGACCUUUAUUACUGUUUCUGCAGCCUUAACAAUUAAGCCUCAUUGUUAACUUUUUCUCUUGAAAUCCGAUUUAAACUUCACUUUCUAUGAGCACCUUGGUCACUCUAUCUUGGCCUUUCUCAUCACCUGUUUACUGAAUUUUUAUCUACUCUUACGAUAUUUUUUGGCCGGUUUCCUUGAAUUAUGAGAGAUAUUUCCUCGAUGCUUUAUUGUGGGAAACGAAGGAAAUCUUUACAUAAGGUAAAUGAAAAGACGUAUAUUACAUCGAGAAAAUGCAAAAAGAGGUAAAAUGUAAAUGUAUUGGUGAUUUUUUCUGAUUUUUCUCUUCAGCUUCUCACCCGUUGCCUUGCUUUGUUUUCGUUACACAGACAUUUAGCACGGAGAAUGAAGGUUAUAAUGGUCCAGAAAACGACGAUGAGAAAGCAGAGCCACAAAGCGAUGAGCCUAUGCAAGCCGACAUCAAAAGUGAUGUUUCCGAAAAGGAAGACAAAGAUGAAGAGAAUGUCCAGUUCGUACCUGGAAUUGGUUUUUAUUAGUGAAACAGCUAAGACAAAAAUGUUAUUGUCUUCUUAUCGAUUUAACUACAAGGGAUAAACAAUGAAGAAAUGAGUUUUUCAGUCAUUCUGAUCCCAAGCUCAAUAAUAACCAUUAAUAUCGAGAACGCCUGUAUGGCUAGUGUAGCAAGCCUUUCCUUUUAUCCAAGUGGGGGAGGCAUGAGCUGCGCGAGGGCAUGGGGCGAAAACCAGCUGAAAGAUGACGAAAAGGGAGAGGGCUCUUCGCUUUCAAUUCACGCCCUCGCACGGCUGACGUUAUUCUCGUUUGGGUGCAAUGAAACGGCAAAGCAUUUUACGCAGGCCAAGCCAAGCCAAGCCCUUCUCUUCCUAUCUAUGUUGUGUAGGGAAGUGAAUAACGACAAGAGUAACCAGUAUUGCUAUAUACCAAGACUUUCUCUCAACAAAGCGAGCACUGUGAUUGGUUGAUUCUUGGUCACGUGCCACUGAUCAAAUUCAAAUGUAUCCCGACCGGGAUACAAUGCGUAGUUGUUGCCCGCACGCCUAAUACAACAGCAAAUGAUUGUUUCAUAGAAAGUCUAAAUGUAUGACAAAGCUCUUAAUGUAUGGUCCCACGGGAAACUAGUUAGUUUUGUUUCCCUCAGGACUAUACUUUAAGUGUAUAAUAUCAACUGGAGUGUCUUAGAAUAAUGUCGCCGAUAGCAUUACACGUGUGUUCAAUUAGUUAAUCCUCCCCCCGGCCCCUAAACAGUGACGUAAGUGUGACAGACGUAGAUAGAAAGAACAGUUACCUAUUUUUCGAAAUACUGACGCAUGUAGCACUAGAUGUAGAUAACAGUAGAGUUAAUAACAGUCGUUCUGUUUUAAAGUAAUGAAUGUGGCCUUUCGCACUUUUUCUUAUGUUUUCCAUCCAAUAUGUAAUGGUAAUAGGACUGAGUGGAGUCCAAUUCGGUCUGUAAUCAUACGAAUGAUAACAAAAUCGAACGACCGCGAAGUCUUCUUACCAAUUAAUCAAAACUAUAACAGAAUUCUCGAACGUGAUUGGUCAUCAACAUCCCGAUUUGAGCACUAAUUUGACACUGUAUGCGUCAUGCUUGUUAUUGGACAGUUAAAGGGGCAGUUAACACGUCAAGCCUGUGUAAGUGGACAGAACGCGUCAUGCGCGCCCUGUUGUCCCGAAUUCCGCCGAGUUAACUGUUAUUGCUUUCUUUUAUAUGAAAACGCAUGACCGAUGUCUAGUUUCUUUCUCAAAUUUUGUCAUAGUUUUGAUUAAUUGGUAACAGGACAUCGUGUCGUCCAAUUCUAUCUGUAAUCAUACGAGCGAUUAACAAAUCGGACUCCCGCUUGUUAAUCGCUUGUGUGAUUACAGACUGAAUUUGACUCAACUCAGUCCUAUUACCAUUAUUAAUCAUAAAAAUUACUGUUUGCGAGAAAAGAAGAAUAGCCAAGUUAUGAAAGAAAGGGAAAAUUUGCAUUAAAAGACUGACAACGGAGGCCUAUAUUGCGAUUGGUUGAUUUAAACUACAAAUGUGAUUUUUUGGCUAAAAUUACAACUUUUAAUGUGAUUGGCUUAUUGAACUGUCCGAUAUCAAAUUGGCAAAUGAAUUAAUGGAAUUAAACCAAUCACAAUCGAGGAAAUUGUAGUUUUUUUGUUAUUUAAUAAGAGCUUCUUUUUUUAAAGGUAAUUGGUAAUAAGAGCUUCUUUUUUUCAAAGAUUGUUGGCAAUGAGAGCCUUUAUUUUUCGAAGGUAAUUGGUAAUUUUCAUUUAUAGCUCGAGUCUUUCCGUGACUCACACGCCUGGAAUAUGAUAACGUAACUAUUUGUUCUAAGUGACACUUAUUUAUUUACUCUUUUAAGUUCACACUCUAUUUUAUAAAUCGAAGAGACAACUAUUACUUUCCAUGGAUUAGUUACCACGUAACCAGCAUUACGCGGUGAGUUUUCAAUUGUGUGUUUGUUCUCUUAACAGUAAUUUGAAAACCCUCGGAGAGUCGAUGACCUUUAAAUCGACUUUAAAUGCCUACUGAUUAGGCAAUAUGUGAUACAGUUGAUUAGACUUGAAAACCUCCUUUACAGAAAUAAACCUGUUUGUUCUAGAACAAGAGUUGUGCAUAAGGCAAAACUUAUAACUACCUACGGGCCACGUGUUGUGAGAAUUAUCGAUCUCGUUAAAUUUUAUGGCAAAAAUAAUUCACAUAUUUUAUUUCAGCAAUCACAAAAAUACGUCGAUUUUCGUAAUGUUAAUUAUAC